AUGAAUGCGCUCAUCUUCACGGCGCAGACUACCACAUAUAAAAUUCGAAGCAGAAAGCUGGGCAGCAGCAUUGACAAGCUGCUUAUAUUCAUGGCGCGGGCGAGCCUGUUCCUCAUUCCAAACACGAAUAUAAAAUUCGCGUCGUUAAGCUCCACGGCAUACGAGAAGUUCCUGAUCGUCCAGACGGUCGAAGAUGAAGCCCUAUCACAGCAAAUGCUAGUGAGAAACUGUUUCAGAGCAGUCACUAUCUGCUUCGCAAGAAAACUCGAGGAAAAAUUCACAAUCCGCAGGAGGAAGCCGGAACAUAUAAACAAUAUCCCUAAAGCCGGCCUGAGCGUUCGUCCCAUUGUCCUCUCUAUUGUCCGCAAUGUUGAGUUUCGAGAGAAGUUUCGAGAUGAUUUGGACGUAUUUGGAGAGAUUGUUUUUGAAGGUUUUUGA